AUGGCAAAGAAAUCUGCUGCUAAGAAAGAGAAAGACGCUGUACAACAGAGAGCUGCCACUCCAGAGCUUCUCAAGACGGUUCCACAAGUUGAAUUGAAGGAUGGUCCAGUCAGAAAGUACAUUGUGAGCGACCCUACUCCAGAGUUGUUCCAAUUCCGUACCAUUGGAAGCAAAUCCGAUGGUAUCCUGAUGGCCAUUGUAGCGUUGUUUGCUAUAGUCACCAGGUUCUAUGACAUUGGUUUCCCAAAGGCCAUUGUAUAUGACGAAGGAUUCGUGAUUGCCGAAGUAAGCAAGUAUUUUAAUAAGACCUUUUCCAUUGAUGUUUUUCCACCAUUAGGUAAAAUGAUUUAUUACUUUGUUGGUAAAUACACGGGAUUCGAUACAUCAUAUAAAUACCAUCCAGUUGGUACCCAAUUUGAGAAUGCGAGUGUCUAUCUACCUGAAAGAUACCUUGCAGCUGGUUUGGGUGCAUGUGUUGUCGUGUUCUUCUUCAUGACAUUGCGUGCUUCAGGUGUUUCUCGUCCUAUUGCUGGUAUAUUUAGUGUGGCUCUUUCUCUAGAAAAUUCAUUCAUCACAGCAUCUCGUUAUGUUCACUUGGAUGCACCAUUUUUAUUUUUUGUUGCAGCUGCUAUUUAUUUCACAAAGAAAUCUGAUAACUUAAGAGCUGGUUCUGGAAGGUACAUCUUUACUUUUACUCAUGCAGCUUGUUUACUUGGAUUGGCAAUUUCAACUAAAUGGGCCGGUUUGUUCGUAUUGGCCUGGGUGGCUAUUGUGACUCUAUGGAGAUUGUGGUUGCUGGCUGGUGAUUUGUCUGUCCCAAUCUGUAGAACAGUUAAAGUUUUCAUCUUUAAUUUAUUGGUGUUGUCUUUGGUUCCGGCUGUAAUUUACUUCUCUAUUUUCAGCUGGCACAUUGGCAGCAGAACUGUGGAUGGCAACGACAGCAUUUUGAUGAAACCUGAAUUUAGAUCAGAAUUAUAUAACAAUACAGUGAUUAAAGAAUCCUUUGCCGAUGUUGUUGUUGGUGGUACUGUCAGAUUGAAUAAUAUUGGUAUGGAUGGUGGUUUUGUUGAAGCUGCUCCAGCGUAUUAUGAAGCAGGUUCUAAACAACGUCAAAUUGAUCUAAGAAAAAAUGAGAGUGUGACAACUGAUUGGGUUGUGGAAUACUAUAAUAGAUCUGGUUCAACUCCAAAGAGCUUUGAAAACUUGAAGAAUCAUGAAAAGAUUAGACUUUACUCUCCAAAAUACAAAUGUAGAUUACAUUCCCAUGACCAUAAGGCACCAAUCUCUCAACAUGUCGAUUGGCAGAAGGAAGUAUCCUGUUAUGGUUAUGAAGGUUUCAUGGGUGAUCCAAAUGAUGACUGGAUUGUUGAAAUUGAUCAAGAUCUUUCAGAACCUGGAGAGGCUAGAGAGUUCGUCAAGGCAAUUGAUACUAAGUUUAGAUUGAAACAUGCAAUGUCUGGUUGUUACUUGUUCACUCACGACGUCAGAAUGAGAACUCCGGAAUUUGUUAUGGACUAUGAGAUUGCAUGUGCUCACUCGGGUAAAUAUGAAUUAACUCUAUGGAACAUUGAACAGGAUCAACCUCAUCCUAACUCGCCCAAGAAUCCUAAGCGUGUCAGUUACAAGCCAAUGAGCCUGAAGGAUAAGAUUUUGGAUUUACAUGCUAAGAUGAUUGAGAAGGCGAAGGUUAGAACAGAUAAGAGCUCUUUAAUAACUUUCCCAACUACAUGGCCUUUAUUGGAGAAAGGUAUUCCAUUUUGGAACGGAUUUGCAAGACAGAUUUAUUUCCUUGGUAACCCUGCCAUGUGGUGGUCAGUGAGUGCAUUUAUUGUUUUAUUUGUUGUUGCCUUUGUUGGUGAGUUGAUUUUCUGGCAAAUGGGUUUCGAGAUAUCCUCAAAUCCUCAGUUUAUUAAUUUCCAUAUUCAAGUCCUCCAAUAUGGUAUUGGUUUUGCACUAAACUAUGUCCCAUAUAUCUUGACUACGGACAGACACCAUCUGUAUCAAUACUUGCCUGCAUACUACUUUGGUCUAUUAGCCCUUGCUCAUGUAUUUGAGCUUGUAUAUUCUUUUGCAUUCAAGAACAAGAGAGUUGGUCUAAGUGUCGCUGCAUUCUUCCUAGUUGUGGUAGUUGUAGCAUUCUUCAGAUAUCUCCCAUUAACUUAUGCUACCCCUUGGACUGUAAGUGAAUGUAAUGCAACAAAAUUGCUAUCGAGUUGGAAGUAUGGCUGCGAAAUAUACCCAGAGAAUUACCGGAUUUACCAGAAGAUGGAUUUAACCAACUACACUAAAGCUGGUACAAAGGAACUAGAUAAAAUUGGUGUUGUGCUACAUUAA